UAUUUAUUUAUUUGAGGCCGUCAAUAGUUUUGGCCACGAGAGACCGUGGUUCGCAGAAAAACAGAAGUCGCCUCAUCACAACACGUACUAUACUAAACUCUUGCAAUGACAAUUCUAAGAAAUCCUUUCUGCCUCUGUUUAUGAUCCACCCAUCAUUAUUCUUUUUUGUCUCUCUGCUUCUCUCUCUUAUAGUGCCGCGCUCGAUUCUACGUACUGAGAACGUACUGCUGCGGUGUUUUAUGGCCCAAUUUUCAACCCGUCAAAAUGACAGACGGCCUUAAAUUUCCCCGUCCACUCUUAAAAAUCCGUCAAUGAUAGAAAAUUGUCGGUUAAUGUAACCUCUUUAGAAACGGAAAUAUAAAAGAUGUAAAUGUUUAUACAGUCUUGUUUAACUCUGAAAUCACCCCUCCUCCUCCCGAGUCCUCACAAAUAAAAUAUGAAAUAUCGCGUUUGCUUCGGGCUCGGGCCUGCAAAUCAAUCUUAAAUACCCUCGAGCCGGUUCGGGUCGGGCUCGAUUUUUUAGGACCGAUCUUAGCUCUAAUCUGCAGGCAGCUUGGAGAAGGCCCACACUGAAACACACAAGAAUGAGAAUAAGGUUGCGAUGGAAAGAGAGUAAAGUUGAAGAAGACAAAAAUCAAUAUUGGGAUAAAAUAAUAAUAAUAAUAAUGUUAACAUGUAUGUAAUUUGAUGUAUCCAAGAUAUUAUAAAACAGCUCUACGCGUGAUGCAGUGCAGUUCUACACCCCUACAAACUGCAACCACAAAAAUAAAAACAGUGUUAAAAGAAGGUUUCAUCAAGAUUUUCUUAAUCCUAUUUGUAAAGAUCAAAUGUUUUAAUACAUUUAUUGUGUUAUAUCUCAUUUGAUUGUGUAAACAGUAAUAAUCUAGUGUUUGGUUAAACAUGGGUGGUUGUGCCCAAGUUACGUUUUAGCAUUCAUGACUAAUAAUUUUGCAUCAUUGAAAACAUGUUUAUAUCAAUCAGCAAGCCUUGAUUUUUGUUAUUGCACUUGACCACAUGAUGCAAUCCACCGAGAAGGAUGUGCUUGAACUUGCCAUUUUAAUGAGGUCUCAGAACAUGUAAACAUAGAAAAUAACACGCCCUUCUCUCUCGAGAAAAGAAGCUCCUUAUAAACAAAAAACAUUACAAAUGAUCAGUAAAGAGAACAUAAUUACCUCAUAGUGUUAAGCUUGAUUGUGCUUUAGCAAGAGGUUUAAAUGAAUAACAAUAACAGGUUGUCCCCCUCAGUGGGUUGCGACAUGAAUUAUCACGCUAAUUGUCUUGCUGCUGUGCGUCACUUACAGCAGCGGGCCCCAACCACCGGUCCACGGACCGGUACCGGUCCGCAAGGCAUUUGGUCCCGGGCCGCACAGAAAGAACUUGCCUUAAUUCUGUUUUAUUUAUUUCGGAAUAUGAGAGAUGUUUUAUUUUGGAAAAUUACCAGAUUCUCCGUUACAUCCGUCUGUGUCACGCUAGACUCACGUCAAACCACGCUUCUCCGUCACGUGACCGAUUACGCUAAAAACAAAACGUUGGAGGUCGCAAAGUGAGUUAAAAAACUGCUGGAAAUCGCAAAUGACGGCGGCCUUAAAAGUACGUUCGAGACAACUGGAUUAAAGUUAUGGCUGAAUACGCUGAGAUCACCACAAUAGCACAAUUGCUAUUUCUGACAUCCUACCUGUGUGAAGUCGGGGGUUUCUGCAGCAACGGCGACUAAAACAAAAUUACGAAGUAGACUGGACAUAAACCACACACUUGAGAUGGGACCGUAUAGUUGCAAAAAAUCAAGAUCGGGGCUGUGGUGAGUCGUCAUUUUCAUGCACUUUGAAUUUGCGUUGUAUUGUAUUUUGAAAGGCAUUAAACAUUACCAUAGCGAUCAGUGUUGCGGCCAGAUUAGACGCACCUUGUGUUUAUUAUUAUAUUUCGAAAACAUCACAGUUUUCAUGCAGCUCAUACCAUAUUAUUUUGUUGUAUUAAUCCGCCACAUCUUAAAUGCCGGUCCCUGAAAAUAUUGUCUGACAUAAACCGGUCCGUGGGGCAAAAAAGGUUGGGGACCCCUGACUUACAGGACAACAAAGUAUGUGAAAGCCUCCCGAUAGCUGAUUCAAGGCUAAUGAGAUUUGCUGUUUGAUUCUUUACCUUGACAAGUUUGAUAUGCCAUGGCCUAUGAAGUCUCGAAGUCUCUUGGAAUCCAGUGUGACUGAGUAUCUUGGUGACUUCUGAAAAACCAGACUGAUGUGACAGAAAGUGCACCUAAGCUGCACAAUUCUUUCUCUCUUAAAUCGGUCAUGGAAAGACGAAUGGUUUUGUGAUAUUUUCGGGGCACGUUGUAACAGUGUUCAACUGGAAAACCCUCUGAGUACUUACUGAGGAAUUUUUGCGAAUUCUUAAGGACUGCUUUGGUUGAAUGGACUGGGAUGUAUUUAUAUCUGCUGCACAUGAGAGAAGGCUUCAGUUGAUCUUGAAGCGUAUUCUGCAACUGUCACUGGGUACAUAUGUACUUCUACUGUGAACAUUUUUCGGACACAAACAUUUCAGAGUUACUCAAAUGGCAAAUCAUGGACGAAUUUGGAGUUGAGGACCAUGAUACAAACUCUCUCUUCCAUAUUUGUAUUCAGAAGGAACUAUCAAAGAAAAACCAGAUAAGAUGUGUGUAGAUCCAUCACGCAGGCCAGGAGAAAAUAUAAAGAGAGGCUUGAGGGUUUACCACAGCGCCACUGACAAUGCUGUAAAUCAGGAAUGUCAAACUCGUUUUUAUCGCGGGCCACAUUUUAGUUACCGUUUCCCUUGGGAGGCAGUUAUGACUGAAGCCAUCUAAAGAAGUCAAGAAUAACUGUUGAUUCAACUCUUGUUUAAGUUACUAUCAUGAGGGGUUUGGUAACAAGGAAAUGCUUAGAAUAUCUCUCUUAUUGAUGACAUGAGAAUUUAAAUUUUUGGUUGACAUUUUCCAAAGUAUCACGUAAUUUGACAUGUUUGAUCUGCUUUCGCAGACCGCAUAGAUUGAUGUGGCGAGCGAGAUUUGGGCUUGGGCCUUGAGUUUGACACAUGCUGUAAAUGCUGCUAUCCAAACCUUCCGCACAUGCUUGGAGGGGAGGGACACAUAUGUGCGAAUCCUUUUUAUUGAUUAUUCGUCUGGUUUCCACCCUCUCGUUCCCAAAAAUAAUAAUAAUAAUAAAUUUUAAAAAUGUGUGAGAAACUCCUCUUCCUGGGAUGAGCACCAUCCAUGGGUUGAUUACUGGUGGAGAUAAGACAGAGGACUGAAGUUGCUUCACUUUUGGCCUGGUGUGAAGAAAACAAACUCCGCCUGAACAUAAAUAGGACCAAGGAGAUGGUUAUUGACCAGAGGAGGAGAGCUGUGCAGUACACCCAUCUACAUUUGAGGGACAUAGGUAGAGUGAGUCACAAUGUUUAUUUUCCCUGGCAUCCAUAUCAGUGAGGUCCUGAUCUGGUCACAGAACACGACUCAACUCAGCAAGAAGGCCCACACAACAGUCUGCUUUCUAAGAAAGCUCUAGAAAUUCAUGAUGAAAAUAAAUGUUUUGAGCAAUUUCGAUCAAAGACAUUUACAACAGUCGAGUCAUGAGAAGGGCCCAGAAUAUUAUUAAGGACCAACCACAUCCUCAAAAUUCUCUGUUUACAUGACUCAACUCAGGGACGCGCUACCAGAGCAUCAGGUCACAAAUAAUGUUGCUCAAAUCUUUUUUUUCCCCCACAAACCAUAAGAAUUUUUAAUAAUUCAUAAACUGUUGACUGCAACUGUUGAAAUGCACUGUGUCGUCUUUUAUUUUUUAAGUGUAGUUCACUAUACUUUCCUGCAGGGAGGCAAGCGAGCAAAAUAAUUUAAUUGCAUAGUGAACAAUGUUUUUUGAGAAGAAAUGUCCUUGAUUCCAAUUAAAACGUAGUAGCACAUUUACCAGAUCGGAAUAGAACAUAUAGAUCACACGCAGAGAAAUUGGGAUGAAAAAAAAAAAUCUGAGGAAAGUAUUCCUUUAGCCACACGUACCUUUGAGACGACUUGAUUCUAAUUGUUUUUCUUCUGUGUGUAGGUGUGCGUGUGCGAUGUUUUGUUUUUGCCAAAACUCCAGGCACAGGUACUCUCCAAGGGCAUUGAAGGCUAUAAAUGUUGUCUUACAGGCAUUUAACAGUCGCAAUGCGCAACUGGUCUGCCAUACCCUUGAUCUGGUCUCGGUGGCAUGGAUCUGUGCGUUACCGUCAGAGGUGUCUCCUUCCUUUUGCAAACAGGAAUCGGCAUCCUGGGGAACACCGUGGUGCAGCUGGCCUACGCCAACAUCGUCUACACCGACCGCAAACUCCUUCCCGUGGACAUGAUCCUGUGCCACCUGGCCCUGGCCAACCUGAUGAUCCUGAUGAUCCGCGGCGUGCCCCAGACCAUGACAGUGUUCGGGCUCACCAACUUGCUGGACGACCCGGGCUGCAAAAUGGUGAUUUACGGCUACCGCGUUGGUCGAGCGUUGUCAAUCUGCAUCACCUGCAUGCUCAGCGUGUUUCAGGCGGUCACCAUCGCCCCCGCCAGACCAUGCCUGUCCAGACUAAAGUCUUCCCUUCCAUCCGUGGUCCUCCCCACCUUCGCUGGGCUCUGGUUCCUCAACAUAGUGAUAUACUUUCCAGCCCUUCUCUUUUCCACGGCUCCACGUAAUAGCACCAUCCCUGUUUCCACACUCAACCUGGGCUUCUGCCUCAUGGACUUCAGAAACAACAUGCUGUACAUCCUCCAAGGGGUUAUUGUUUCUGGAAGGGAUUUCUCCGUUGUGGCCAUGAUGUUGGUCUCCAGUGGUUAUAUCCUGCUACUUCUCCACCGUCACAGCCACCAGGUGAGAGGCGUCCGUCGAUCCCAUCCGGCCGAGACCAGAGCAGCCAGAACGGUGGUCACCCUGGUGGUCCUGUAUGUCUUCUUCUUCGGCAUCGAUAACAUGAUCUGGAUCUACAUGCUGACCCAGGCCAAGGUGUCCCCCGUGGUGGCGGACAUGAGGGUGUUCUGUUCCUCCUGCUACGCGUUCCUCAGCCCGUACUUUAUCAUUUCCUCCAACAAGAAGGUCAAGGCCAGAAUCGUGUGUGUGGCCGAGCAGGACCAGCCAGCAUCAAUGGACACUCAGGAGUCAAAAUGACUUUGUAUUUUUUGACAUUCUUUCACAAAAUCAUUCCCCGAGACCUUCUACCAGCAAGCUCUGCUGAACUACAGCUGUUUCUCAUUCCAAAAUGUCUUUGAGUCCGUUUUUUUUCAUGUAUUUGAUAUGUUUUUUUUAGAUACCGCCUUUAACUGAGUAGUCAAUAUAAAAAGUGUAAAAUGUGAAUUCAUCCAGAAAGUUCGUGUCACUAUGAAGUUCUUAAAAUUGUUGUUUGCUGAAUGAAAACCACCUCAUCAGAGGUGUACUAUAUAUCCAAGAUUGGACGGAUGAAAUGAAAAUAAAUAGAUAAAUAAACCUGAGACCUUGUUGUCGCUUAAUGGAAACUACCAUCGUCAGAAGUGUCAAUUUAAGCAGAUUUCAUUUUUACUAGAUCAGUAGGUAUUUUCAUCAU